AUGUCAUCGACCGAAGCUCAGGAGGAGUUCCAGCGUUUCGUGGAUAAAAAUAACGAAGGACCAGCCGAAGACCGCAACCUUCAUCCGGAAGACCGUUUUGAUCGACAACGCGAGGCAUCCGCUACUGCUACCGACCCCGACUACCUCAACGAAGAAGAACAAUAUCGUUCCCGCCAAAUUGACGACGCAAUGCGCAUUCCUGGCAACAACGGUUUCAACGUGCAACUGCCGCCUGCAUCCUUCGAUUCUGGUCGCGCCACAGGUGUCAAGGGUGUCAUAGCCGAUGCUCGAAGCUACGAGACAGCCCGGCAGUCGUCUAGGGUGAACCGGACACGAAAUGUCCGGCGUAGCAUCUUUGGCGGUGAGCUAGGCUUCACCAGCAACGGCAAUGAAAAGAGUGACUCUGAGGAGGACCCACUGCAAGAAGAAGAGGAGGAAACGUUUCUGGCCCAGUGGCGUGAGUCUCGCCGCCGCGAGCUGGAGGACGAGUCCCGAUCAGGAAGUGCUGUCCGCACACGCCGCACGUCACCGAGUGUGCGCAUCUACGGUCGGCUCGACGCGGUCGAUGCUCUGGGGUACCUAGAUGCCAUCGAAAAAGUCGGCCACGAGACUGUUGUUGUCGUCUUUGUUUAUGAUAACGAGUGUCAAGUAUCGUCCGCAGUCGAGUCGGCGCUGAGACCAAUUGUCAGUGCGAACCCUACCGUGCGCUUUGUCAAAGUUCAAUACGACGACAUCGAGUUUGACAACGCCGCCGUUCCAUCCAUACUUGCCUACCGCAACCAGGGUGACCUUAUUGCCAACCUGACGGGUCUGAUUGAGCUGCUUCCUGGCGAGGAUGACGAUGCCUUUUCCAGUGAUGCCCUGCGGAAGCUGCUGCAGUCACAGGGAGUGCUGUGA